GUCUCUCUGUGUGGAGGAUGGCGAGGAGGAUGCAAGAAAGACUGUGGCUUUUAGCCUUUUACUAGCACCGACGCUCCAGUCAGGCCGCCACCAUCGUAGGAGAGAGAGAAACGAGACAGACCACGCUAUCAUCUCACUGGCUAACCUCAGACCCUCGGCCCCGCGGCGUGACAGAGGACCACAAACCCAGCCCUCCGCGCCGGCCCCGCUUCCACCAGCCGGGUUUCGUUGGGUGGGCCCCCCUCUCAUCCCAAGCCCUGGUCGCCGGAGAUCGCCUGCAGCGAAAGGGUUUCAUCCUGUUCGGGGCUACCCUGUCAUGGCAUCCAACAGCAUCUUUGACUCCUUCUCCAACUACAGCAGCAAUCUGCUCAGAGAGCCGCCCACAACCAGACGGUUCACGCCGCCCUCCACGUCCUUCCCCUGCAGUAAGCUCGGCGACGGCAACGGGACCAUGGCCACCCCGGGGCCCCUCCGGUCGAGACCGGACGCCAGGAACGUGGUGGACGUGUUGGCGGACCACGCCGGCGAGCUGGUGCGCACCGACAGCCCCAACUUCCUCUGCUCCGUCCUGCCGUCGCACUGGAGGUGCAACAAGACGCUCCCCGUGGCUUUCAAGGUCGUGGCCCUCGGCGACGUGCCCGACGGGACUCUGGUCACCGUGAUGGCCGGGAACGACGAGAACUACUCGGCCGAGCUGCGGAACGCCUCGGCCGUGAUGAAGAACCAGGUGGCCCGCUUCAACGACCUGCGCUUCGUGGGCAGGAGCGGACGAGGGAAGAGCUUCACCCUGACCAUCACCGUGUUCACCGGGCCGCCGCAGGUGGCCACCUACCACCGCGCCAUCAAAGUGACUGUGGACGGGCCCCGGGAACCGCGCAGGCACAGAGUGAAGCUUGAAGACCCGCAGAAGAUGCAGUUCUCCGACAGGCUGUCGGAGAUCGAGCGCUACCAGCGGAGUAUGCGAAUAGGCCCAGUGAACAACAAUCCCCGCCCCAUCCACCAAUCCCACCUCAGCACCACACAAGCCCUGUGGCAGGAGCAGAUGGAGACCCCCGCUCUGAAAACCUGCAAGGUGGAGGAGGACCUGAGACCAUGGCCUGGGAGUACAGAUCUCUUCCAACAGAGGACCACCUUCCCAUCUCUGUCGCCGCUGACUGACCCUCGCUUCUCAGACCCACGCAUGCAUUACCCUGGGGCCUUCCCUUACUCUGCCAACACCUCCAGCACUGGCAUCAGCGGCCUCAGCAUGUCAACCGCUUCUAGAUACCACACCUACCUGCCCCCACCCUACUCAAACAACCAGAGCCAGAACUUCCAGUCCAAUUCCUACCUGUAUUACGGCACAGGCUCUGGAUCCUACCAGUUCUCCAUGGUGGCGCCGGGGAACACCGGGGGCGAACGCUCCCCCACCCGCCUGCUGUCCUGCUCGGGGGCCGGGGGUGCCGGGGGGACCAACAGUCUGAUGAAUCCUGGCCUGAACACUCAGAACGAGGGGGUGGAAGCCGACGGCAGCCACAGCAACUCGCCCACGGCCAUGAGCGCUUCGGGCCGUUUGGAUGAGUCCGUCUGGAGGCCAUACUGACUGACAGACAGCUAGACAAUCAGAGGGUGUGGGAGAAGUGGGGGGGGGGGGGGGGGGGAGUAAAGAAGACAAUGAACCCCAAAAAAAAGCUGAACACUGAAAGAAAAACAAAAUCUUACCAAAAAAAAAAGAUAAAUGCUGCAUGUUUGUCUUUUAUUUCUCCAGCAUUCGCUUUAAAAUGCUUUUGUGUUUUUACAACUCUCCCAAGACUUCCAUGUGUUUUGUAAAGUUUGAGUUAACUCCUGCACCGUACUUAAACGUGUACUCUUAAGAGACUGUAAAAAAACAUGUGAAUCGGGAUGAUGUUCAGCCGAGACUGUAAAUAGAAGUGAGGAUAAUUAAACCAUCAGAAAGUUUCAGGAACAUUUUUCUGGCGUAAACCAAAGACAAAAAGAACCAGAGACAAUGGAGCAGAUGAGGACAGCUGAUGAACUGAUAAAACACACUCAUCGAGCAGCCUGCUCAGACUGAUCCAACUUACAGGGCUGUUGGAUAAGAGCGGUCGGACUGAAGGUUCGCUCCGGGAGUGACUCCGACAUCCUACCAGGGCGCGGACGCACUGCUGUGGCAAUCGGUUCUGUAACGCUUUAAUUUCUGUAAAAAAAAAUGAAAUAUUGCAAAAACAUCGUCAGUUGUGAAAACAUCCUCAGACACAUCCAGGGCAGUUUCAUGUGCUCACGGUGCAUAUAUGCAUAUGCAGGUGCCUUAUUGCCUCAUUCAUUAUCCAAAUGAACACAAAGCCAUUGGUGCCACGGUGGACGUUUGAACAAAAUCACUGCAUAUUUGAGAGAAAGGCAUCUGAUGUGUCAGGACUCACAUGAUUAAGAAAAAGAUUCUCCUCUGCUGUGUCAUCAGCGUAUCACGUUUCAACAGGACAAUGGCUGAUGUUUUGAGGAAUGUAACAGACAAAUGCAGAGGAGUCUUUAUCGGGUUCUUCUUUUCCAGGAAUGUUUAUAGUCCUGUUGUUUCUGCUCUUGACCUUUUUUCUUUAAAUUUCCCAUCCAAUCCCCCUUUUUCUGAAAGUCCUAGACUGGUAUUUUUCAACUGGAUGACACGGUUUACUUUUGAUAUUUAUUUGAGCCAAAUUGUGAGGAAAUGUGUGCAUAUACCCAGAAAUCCUAGAGCAUUUCUCGCUUCCUUUCCUUUUAUACAUAUAUAUAAAUAUAAAUACAUACAGUAUAUAUACACGAUGUUUUGUUAAGUAUAAAUUUGGAAUUUGUGUAAUAUAUUGUUAAAUUAUGAAAAACAAAAUCUUUAAUGUAAUUAUUUUGUCUUCCAAUGUAGCUUUGAUGCACUAAAAACUUUUAUUCCUGAUGAACCACGCCCGACAGAUUCAGUUAGUCACAUGGUGAAACUAGAGCCAUAAUCUUUUGAACAAUUUCCAAACAGCCUUCAUCUGCUAUAGGAGUCGUUUGCUUAACUUUUGCACUAUGUUGGAACUCAUUUAUCUCAUACGGUUUUGCAUUUACAAAUAUCUGAGUCUGCAGAGCUAAAUAUUGACAAAGAAAAAUUCCCGCAGAUACAUUUGCUGAACAGUGUCCUUUUUUUUUUAUUAAUCCAUAACAAUAUAAUUAAUGAUUUCAGAUUGACACACACACACACACACACACACACACACACACACACACACACACACACACACACACACACACACACACACACACACACACACACACACACACACACACACACACACACACACACACACACACACACAAAUUCCCCCUGUCCUGAGGUCAUUGCAGUUUCACGUGAUCCCUCUGUCCCUGGAGGGGGAAGAGUGUGCAGAUGAAGGGAUUGAAGGAGGCAGUGGGGUCAGGGUGGUAUCUUCUUACAAACACCUAGCACAGUUAUGCAAAAAAAGAAAAGAAAAGCUCCCCUUGUUGUGCACAGGUCCCUUUGUUCUGAUUAAUCAGCGAGCGCUUUGAAGCCUUCACGACGCCGAUUCUGUCUCUGCUGGUCUAAUUUACUGAUCAUCGGUGCAAGGGGCUCGCGGCACUGCCAAUAAUUCAUACACCUGCACAGGUUAUCUCGGUAUAGGCCGCACUGAGGCAUUCACGACCGGUAUCGGGUGUCCAAUGUUUAACCCAGAAAGUCUUCCACAAGAGGGAAGAUAGUUAGCAGUCAUGACUCUGUACGACGGGUAUUUGGUUGCUACGCGGGUGAUAUUUAAUUUCAAAGUGAAAAGUGAUCCAAAGCUAGCAUUUGCAGCUCAGGUAAAAAAAAAAUAAAGACUCUCUGCCUUAUUCCUAUUUUUUUAAACAAUCAGUAACAACGACUCAUUCCUAUCCCCCUUUGUAUUGGAGGAAAACAUGUUUCCUGCUCUCUCUUCUGGAGCCUUUAUUACCUUACCAUACUUACUAUUACCUUGUCCAUUUUUUAUGGGCAAAAAAAAUCAUGCAGCUAGAGAAACCACAUAUGAAGUUAUAUCUGUGUGGUUCAUUAAAAUGAAAAACCAAAGAUCUUCACAACUGCCUGUAAUACAGUUUGGAUGUUAAUGAUGGGGAAGAUGUGUGGUGAAUGAAUCAUGUCUUGAUUGAUUGCUAAUAUCAUUCUUAAAGCAAACUGAAUUGUAUUUGAUUGUAUAUUGGAUUAAAAGAGCACAAUGUUACAUUUUCUUUUAUUUCUUUUUAAAAGAAUCCCCUUUUCAUAUACUGAAAUGUUACAUCAUCUUCAUGCCUUUGUUUCUCUUUAUGCUCAAAGCAUGUACAUCUGAAAGUGAUAUGUUAAUUUAAGAAUCUCAUCUACGUAUGUUAUAUCGUUAAUGCUUCCAUAUUGAAUGCUUGUAAAAUUUGCGGAUAAUGUAGUUUUUAAUCAUUUUAAUUAAAAAAAACAUGUGUCUGA